AUGGCUGUGUUUUCACAUUUACUAAUUGCAAUGUUACUUUGCAAGACCGAAUAUCAGGACGACAAAUUGGUGUCGGAUUCUGUUACAUACUAUGAGUCGCUUCCUGAUCCUUUGUCUGCAACUAUUCCUCUGGACCUACCAAAGUCUAUUUCUCCUUCUCUUUUACCAUUAGAGCCUAUUACGUAUGCCCCACCUGAGAUACCUCCGGUGGCCCCUCCCAUUGUCCCACUUGAGACUCCUCUUGUUGAUCCUCCAACUGUACAACCUCUUCAGACAUAUCGUCGUCGUCAACCACCAUCGGUUGUACAUGUCCCUACACCUGUUCUUGAUACCGAGGUCAUUCCAGACGCUCCUUCACCGCCACCUUCUUCUUUAUCGGAUCCGACCCUUGAUAUUCCUAUUGCUAUUCGUAAAG